AUGGCGCCGAUGCUUCCUCUCGCCACCGCAUCGGUGAGCACGGUGAGGCAGCGGCUGACGAGGCCGCCUGCGGGCCUGCCCGCCGCCGCGCGGAGGCGGCGCAACGAGUGGUACGUGAUCCGCCACUUUGUCGCCUCCGCGGCCGCCUUCUACCUCGCCAUCGCCGGCCUGGUCGGCAUCGUGUGCCAGAAGGAGGCGCUCGGAAGGCCCCACCUGCGCACGCUGCACGCCUGGUGCGGCGCUGCGGCGUGGGUCCUGUGGGUGUGA